GCGCUCUGGUGGCAGUAGCGAGGAGUUACACGGCAGGGCGCCAGGGCGCCGCGCAGACUAGUCCAGCGUCCAGCCGGGAGGGUCGCUGCGACGGCAGCUGCUGCUCCAGCCGAGACUCCAGAGGACCCGGGCUCAUCACACAGCUGAGCAGACGCAGCCACAAACAACCUGCUCCAGCAUGCUGCCCGUACUGGGAAUAUGGUUGUCAGCACUGCUGACGGUGAUACUGGCAGUGCUGUCACUGGUGUGGCGUCCACUGUUCUGGCGACAACUCGGCGUCCCCGUGAUGAACUGUCCUCUGCCAUUGGUGGGGGACGUGGCCCCAGUGGUACUGGGCCGUUACCAGAUGGGGGAGCUGCUCCACCACUGCUACAAGCGUGGACACGGGCAUCAGCUUAUAGGCCUCUUCUGCUUUGAUCAACCCCUGUUAUUAGUCAGGGAUCCAGUUAUAGCCAGCUACAUCCUGUCUACAGACUUUAGCAGUUUUGUGAACCGCAACUUUCACCUUUCUCCAGACACUGAUCCACUGGUUGGAAGAGGUCUGCUUGCACUCAGAGGCAACAGGUGGAGGCAGACACGCAUGAGACUAACGCCGACAUUCACCUUACGAAACAUGAGGAACUUGUUUCAUGUUGUGGAUUACAUCAGCAGACAACUGACGUUGUAUGUGGAAACUGCUGCAGCUAAGCACACAGAAGCAGUUAUUGAGUUAAGGGAAAUGUCAGCUUGCUUCAUGACUGACAUUGUGGGAAUGGCAUUUCUUGGAAUAGAGAGUGAAUCACUGAGAGACAACACAGCGCCAUUACGAGUAAAUCUGAAGCAACAGAUGCAGUUCAGCAACUGGCGCUACAUCAAGUUGAUGCUUGCAUUUCUGGCACCAAAACUUAGGGAUUUUUUGCGGCUCAGCAUUUCAGUGCCUGAAGUUGACAACUUCAUUCGUGAUGUAGUAUGUAAGGUUUUAGAAUACAGAAAAAGACAUAAAGUGAAGCAUGGAGACCUCCUGGAUAUACUCAUGAGAGUACAAAAGAGAAACUAUAUGACUGAUGAAAUGCUGUCAGUCAACAAAAAUACAAAUGAAAGCAUUUCCAGUAGAGAUCCACAUUUUUGGAUGGAUAAUGAAGAUAUAGUAGCACAAGUGUUUAUUUUUCUUGUGGCAGGAUUUGAGACUUCCAGUUCAACAAUGAUGUUUACAUUGUAUGAGCUUGCUCAGCAUCCACAUGUACAAGAUAAACUAAGACACAAUAUAGUGACCUCACUGUCAAAACAUGAUGGCAAAAUGACAUAUGAUGCUAUCCUGGAAAUGACAUACCUUCAUAUGGUCAUUGCUGAGACUCUUCGCUUAUACCCUCCAUUACCAUUUAUUGAUCGUGAAGUGACAAAGGACUAUGUUAUUCCUGGAACUGGUAUUGGCCUUCCAAAAGGUAUGGGAGUAGUAGUGUCAUUACUUGGCCUGCACAGGGAUGCUCUAUUCUGGGAUAACCCAGAGGAGUUUGUGCCAGAACGAUUCAACAGACAGAAACAAAAUAAGAGACCAAAUUAUGUGUACAUGCCGUUUGGGAUUGGACCACGAAACUGUAUAGGUAUGAGGAUGGGUCAGAUGCAGAUCAGAGUUGGAAUAGCACACAUCAUGGCAAAUUUCAGUGUACAUCUUGCACCAUCCACUCCAAAUUCUUUACAGAUGGAUCCAAGUCAUGCAGUGCUGACUCCCAGGGGUGCCCUUCCCCUUUUGUUCAAAAAACUCAAGCCCUUUCCAGCUAUGAAACAAUGAUCACAUAAAACCAUACUAGAGUAAAAGGCAAAAACAGCCUUGACAAUAGUUAUAUUAGAAAAAUUAGCCAUUCAUACAUAAUGCUUAGUUAAUAUGACUGUUUGGAAAUGAUAAAAACGGAGAAUAUAAGUUUCACUUUGGAUAGAAUCACAGUCACUCAUUAGUAAGCCACACCACAGUAAAGGUAAAAAAGUUAGAAUAGAAAAAUAGAUCAAACAGUGCAAUAAAGAAUAAGUCAAAUGGGAAUCACAGAGCAGAGAGCAAUUUUUGCUGGUAAUAGAUAAAGGAAUUUGACAACAGUUGUGUAAAUGAAAUGUUCAGACAAGUUUUGUAAAUCUACCACUGUCAUGAUUUUUAUGAUAAUGUCAAUGAUUUGGCAAAGCCACCACAGUCACUUUGAUACAGUGAGACAAGGGGAACAGGGGAGGAAGGGGGCCAUAAGCUAAAAUGCUUUGAUUACAGUACUCGCGUCUGACAUUUUUGUUUAUCUCCAAAAAAUUACUCUUCUGAGAACGUAAUGUUGACAGUAAAAGAUUGUAUUAACUAUUUAAAAAUUAGGCUUUUGAUAUUUCACAUCAACCAGAAUAUCAAGCUUACCAACUAUCAAUAAUUGUGACACAAUUGUUGACUGAAUCAGCUACACAUGAUUGUCAUGAAUUUUUAUUAACAUAAGGUAAUGAAUUAACUAAACACUAAAAUGUAAUUUAUUUUUGUGUUAUAUGAGUCAAUUUCUUAAUUUCAGACAGCUAGUGAAAGCAUUUUCU